GACCACUUUUUAGUUCUGACGAUUAGAUGAUCGAAGUUGGUGGAAGUAGGAAAAUUAGAGAAGAGCUCUGAUCAAAUCCAAAGAGAAAAUGUCCGGCGUCACCUCGGAGCUUAUUGCAAUGGAUGCCACUCGGUUCCAGCACACUCCCUACUACUGCGAAGAGAACGUGUAUCUGCUCUGCAAGACGUUGUGCGAGAAUGGAGUAGCGGAUGCAACGAGUUCUGAUUUGUUUGUUGUUUUUAUCUCGAAUGAGAAGAAGCAGGUUCCACUUUGGCAUCAGAAAGCUAGUAGCAGAGCUGAUGGGGUUGUACUGUGGGAUUAUCAUGUCAUCUGUGUCCAGAGGAAGAAAGAAAGUGAUUCUGAGCCUUUGGUGUGGGAUCUUGAUUCGACUUUGCCCUUCCCUUCACCCUUAGCCUCAUAUGUGACUGAAACUAUCCAGCCAUCUUUUCAGCUUUUCGCAGACUACCAGAGGUUCUUCCGCAUUGUUCAUGCUCCUCUGUUCUUUAAGCACUUUGCUUCUGAUAGAAGACACAUGAAAGAGCCUGAUGGAAGUUGGACUGCUCAACCUCCACCCUAUGAACCCAUUGUUGCCCAAGACGGAAUUUUGCACAAUUUGAGCGAGUACAUUGCCAUGAGCGGUGCGGAUACAUUGUCGAGCUUGGAUGCUGAAACAGUGAGAGCGGCGAUUUCGCAGAAACUUGGUGUUGUGGUGAGCCACACUCAGCUUCAGGAUCUCUUCACCAAGCUUCCUUAGCAUUCCAAGUCUUUUUUUUGUGGGAACAAAACUGUGUCAUAACU